AUGAUUCGAAUUGGUUCAUGGAAUGUAAGAACGAUGUUGCGACAAGAGAAGUUAAAGAACAUCAAGUAAGAAAUGAGAAGACUAAGGACUGAGAUUUUAAGCCUCAUUAAAGUGCGCGUGAAGGACAAGGGAGACUUUGUUUCUUUACUAGGGAUGGUGUGCGUCUAGUUUACUCUGGAGGUACAAGGAGAGAAAGGGGUGUUGCCUUGCGACUGGAUCAUCAGGGUGAGCAAAAUGUGUCGAGAGGAUAG